GAGCGCGCCUGGAAACCCCGUGCAAGCGCGGCAGCCAUCUUUGUGAGUGAGAGAGGGGAAUACACAGAAGAGCGGAAGCGAAAAAUACCGGGAGCUGACCGGACCGCGCCGCCCACCGAGGCCUCCUCCUCCUGCGCCGCCGGACGGACCGUCAGCAGCGGGGACUGGACAGGCUCUGACAUCAGCUGAAGUUUGGACGUCUCUUCUGUUUCCUGCCGUCACUUGUCAGCGCCAUCAUGGCUACCGCACCGUACAACUACUCCUAUAUCUUCAAGUACAUCAUUAUCGGUGACAUGGGGGUCGGGAAGUCCUGCCUGCUGCACCAGUUCACAGAGAAGAAAUUCAUGGCGGACUGCCCUCACACCAUCGGGGUUGAGUUUGGGACCCGGAUAAUAGAAGUUAGCGGGCAGAAGAUUAAGCUGCAGAUCUGGGACACGGCGGGUCAGGAACGCUUCCGGGCCGUCACCCGCAGCUAUUACCGGGGAGCGGCCGGUGCGCUGAUGGUGUAUGACAUCACUAGGAGGAGCACAUACAACCAUCUAAGCAGCUGGCUGACUGACGCCCGGAAUCUCACCAACCCCAAUACUGUCAUCAUUCUCAUAGGCAAUAAAGCGGACCUGGAAGCCCAGCGCGACGUCACGUACGAGGAGGCCAAGCAGUUUGCUGAGGAGAACGGUCUCUUGUUCCUGGAGGCGAGUGCAAAAACCGGAGAGAAUGUGGAAGAUGCAUUCCUAGAGGCGGCCAAGAAAAUCUACCAAAAUAUCCAAGAUGGAAGCCUAGAUCUGAACGCGGCGGAGUCUGGGGUACAGCACAAGCCGUCGGCACCCCAGGGGGGGCGGCUAACCAGCGAACCCCAGCCCCAGAGGGAAGGCUGCGGCUGCUAGUGACCCGUGCGGCCCGCCGCUCUGCCUGAUCUUCCUCUGUCUGUCUCCAGCAGUAUUUUUUGCUGCCCCGUUCUCUUCUGUACAUCCUACUGGUUAAAUUAAAGGUGGGGGGAGGGGGACUCUGCUGCAACGACAGUAACACGAUACUAAACCGCUACGUAACUAGAUGUAUUCAGGUUCUCCAAGGCGAAGCCGCGUAAUAAACACCCAGAACUCCGCCCCUUCCUGCAUGGCCCCGCCUCUCGCUCCCUCCUGUGACGUGUCCGUUCUGUCGCUUCAUUUGCUGUGAAUAUCACGGUUGAUAAGGGGAUCCCGCCGUCUCUUCCGGUCCCGGGGGCUCAUACUUUUACUUCUGUCUUAAUAAUGUUUUGUGCUGAAUCUCCUUUAUUUUCAUUUCUAUUGUGUAAAAAUGUAAAGACCCCACAGACUGGGAAGAUCUGCUGUGCGUGUACGGUCUAGGACCGCCUGCCCCGCCGCCAUCCACACAGGUGGCGUUCCUGUCCGGUUUUUUUGCACUGUGGCUUCUUCUGAGCUUUUUUUUUUUUAAUGAAUCUUCCCAUUGUGGGCUGAUCAGCGGGAUGAUGGUGGUGAUAGUUCUGAUGAUUUUGGUCAAUCUUCCAUGACGCUCUGCUCGAGGCCGGUUACUUGUUGCGCACUUUUUUUUUUUUUUAACCCUUGCUUUUCGAUGUCUGGAGCAUCGUAUUCUUCUGCUUUUAGAAUGGACUUUCUCGUGUGUUUUUAACACUACAGUCGCUGGUUUUUACGCAGUUUGGGUAUUAGCUGAUUCGUUUUUUUCCAGUGGAUGGUUCUGAGGCGCUCAACCGACACUGCUACAUGUAAGCAUCACAGGUAGACCAAAACUGGAACAGGUCAGGGUGGGGGUUGUGUGGCCCCUCCAUGAUGGAGCUUUUUUUUAUUUUUAUGAUUAUUACGGGGUUUAAUGAAUUUUGCAUCCAUCAGAGCAGCAGAAUGUCUUGUGCAGGGACCACAACCCAGUUGGUGACCGGAGGGGCCUCAGCCGGCGCUGCGCCACUUCCCUCCAUGUAACGAGAUGCUAUUAAUCUAUUUGUAAAUAAACUUCCUGGAUCUAGAUAAUUUA